UUAUAAGCACUUCUCAACAGGGAAAAAAGAAGAGAGAGAAAGAGAAACACAAGCUAUCAUUUCAAAGCAAAAGCAAAAGAAAGAAAGAAAGAAAAAAAAAAAAAAGAAAGAGCAAGAAGAUAAUAAAGGGAGGAAUUCAAGGAAGAAGAAGGGUUUUCUUUCUGUGAAGAAGCUGGAGCUAGCCAAGAUGAUGCAGACUGAGCAGCAGCAACAGCAGCCUCAGCAACAAAACCAGUUAAUGGUUCAAAACUCUGGGAGUCUCAGCUUUAGCAGCCACUUGUCUAAGGAAGAUGAAGAGAUCUCAAAGUCUGCUCUUUCUACUUUUAGAGCCAAAGAAGAAGAGAUAGAGAGGAAGAAGAUGGAGGUUAGAGAAAAGGUUCAGCUUCAGUUAGGCCGUGUUGAAGAGGAAACGAAACGUUUGGCCUUCAUUCGUGAGGAGCUUGAAGCACUGGCAGAUCCAAUGAGGAAGGACGUUGCUCUGGUGCGGAAGAAGAUUGAUGCAGUUAACAAAGAAUUGAAGCCACUAGGGCACACCUGCCAGAAAAAGGAAAGGGAAUACAAGGAAGCCCUUGAGGCAUUUAACGAAAAGAACAAGGAAAAAGUACAGCUAAUCACAAAAUUGAUGGAGCUGGUGAGUGAAAGUGAGAGGUUGAGGAUGAAGAAGCUAGAGGAGCUCAGUAAGAACAUAGAUUCCAUACACUGAUAUAGCCUUUAGCGCUGUUUAACUGAUUAGGUUUGUGUGAUGUAUUUAAGGUGACUUUGAUAUUUAUAUAUGGGUGUUACUGUUUUUGGGUUUGGUGUAUUGUAUGGUUAUCUUUGUUUGUUAGCAUUUGAUGAACGUUAGCUGAUUUAGAAAGGGAAAUACCCUAUAAACAGGUUUGUAACUAAACGCAUCCCGACUGCAUUUUCUUCUCAUUUUUCUCAUGUUCAUCUUUUGUACUGUUCUUUUUUUUUUUUUUUUGUUUUGGUCUUUUAAGUUGUGUAAUUUGAAGUUCGUUCCAAAACAAAAGGCUUGGAAGGGCCUGAACUUGCACUCUGUAAAUUAUUUGGUUUUAAUGACAUUAAUCCACAAAUACCCAUUUGUCUA